CAUAGGCACAGGGGGAAGCAGGCUACCCCCGGGGAGCCUGAUGAGGACUGGAUCGCUGGACCCUGGGAUGAGGACCUCACCCUCUGGCUGAGGCUCAACCACUGAGCCCCCCAAGUGCCCUGCGCCGGGUUUUCUUUAAUCUUUUACUACUUGUUGGAGGGGAUGGAUGACAGCUAGUGGGCGCAGUCUCGUAGAAAAGUUCUGGAACCGGACCGUCUCUUUCUUCUCGAGGGCUGUCGGGACCGCGUUUUAAUGGGCCGGGGUCUGUGUGCAGAGGGAGGGCAUCAGGCUCGCGGGUCCUUGGGACAUCGGGGUGCUCCCGGCGCUGGGGCGAGCUGAGAUCCCGCGCAGCUGUGACUGCGGCCCGCUCCGCCCUGGGGCGCGGCGUGCGGGGAGGGGAAGCGCAAAGGCCGCUCUCCCCGACGCCGGAGACAGGAAGAAAGGCUGGGCCGAGGCGGGGAGAGGAAGGCCGAGGGAGGAGCUGGAGGCGCCGUCCGCGCCCAGGCGUCCCGUGGGGCGCCCCGUCACCAUGGCGGGCCCGGACCCCGGCCCGGCCGUCCCCGUGUGGCUGGCCGAGGACGACCUGGGCUGCAUCAUCUGUCACGGGCUGCUCGCCUGGCCCGCCACGCUGCCCUGCGGCCACAGCUUCUGCCGCGACUGCCUCAAGGGCCUGUGGGCCGCCGGCUGCGCUGGGCCCCCGCGCUCCUGCCCCACCUGCCGCGCGAGCGCCGCGGAGCCGCGGCAGCUGCGCAAGAACACGAUGCUGCAGGAGCUGGUGGACAAGUACAGCCGCGCGCUGCGCGAGGCAGCAGCCCAGAAGAGCAUCAAAGAAGUUGGACGUGAGCUGACAGAGUUGGUGGAACAGCUUGUAGGAAUUGUCAGGAAUCUUCAGAGUCAGAAACACCUCCCCGAAUCUGGACCAGAAAAUGAAAGGAGCACCCUGAGCAUGGGCAUGUCUUCUUCUGAUGGGGCGGACCUUGCCUUGGCUUCUUCAAAGCCAGUGACUUCUGACACACCCGAGAGAAAAAUGAAAGACAUUCUGCAUGACCUAGAAGAAAUCCAGAAAAAAUUACAAGAAAACUUCACAUGGAAAGGGGCCCUUGAAGAACAUCUGCAGGUGGAACUCCAGGAAGCUCCAUCUUCUUCUUCACACCCAUUGCCUGACCACAGCUGCCCAGCCCCCAGGAGGGCCUUCCAGUUUGCUCAGUGGGCCAUCAGCCCAACCUUUGACCUUCGCAGCCACUCCUGUAGCUUGGAGGUGUCCGAGGAUUGCCGGGUGGUGACUGUAUCUCACUGGCCACAGACCCAUCUCUGGAAUCAUGAGAGGUUUGUGACCUGCCAGGUCUUAUGUUCCCAGGCCUUCUCUUCUGGGCAGCAGUACUGGGAAGUGGACACUCAGCAUUGCAGCCACUGGGCAGUUGGGGUAGCUUCCUGGGGGAUGAGGCGUACCCAGAUCCUGGGAAGGACCAAGGACUCUUACUGUGUAGAGUGGAAGGGGAAUAGCCAACUCUCUGCAUGGCACAUGGUCCAGGAAACGGUCCUUGGCUCAGACAGACCUAAAGUGGUGGGCAUCUGGCUGGACCUGGAGGAGGGAAAACUCGCCUUCUAUUCAGUGGCUGACCAGGAGACGCUGCUGUAUGAGUGCCCAGUCUCUGCCUCCUCUCCUCUGCACCCCGCCUUCUGGCUCUAUGGCUUAAAUCCUGGAAACUCUCUGACUAUACGGCCAGUAAAUGUGUAAAGGUUCCCUGGGUGUUAAAACAUGGUGGUGGUGUCCUGGUCUCCCCCUCUGGUUCCAAGCCAGUGGCAACUUGACAAGAAUCCUACUUCUUGAGUUAACGGGUGUGCAGUAAAGGGCUAACUGCAGGCUUGGGAUGUUCAACGGCACAUUCCGAGAGCAUGGGUCCCUGACUGGCUCCUGGGAGGCAGCCUCUAAGUGCUUGGCAUAUCCUGCCUGAUAAGAGUAUUUUGGUUUACCUGAGGGCCUUGGGCCAGAAGGUAUCAGCUUGACCUCUGGAGGGGCUGGAGACAAAGGCCUGCCUAUGUGACCGACACCAGGGCACCAAGGCUUGGGUAAGCCACCCUGGUUGAUAGUCCUCCUUGUAUAUUGUCACAUGCUGUUGCAUGGGGAAUUAACAUUGUCCUUGUGACUCUGUGGGGAAGGAGACUUGGGGUCUCUUAGCCUGUUUCCUAUGUGCCUUUUUCUACUGCUGAUUUUAAUCUGUAUCCUUCCACUGUUAAUAAAUUGUAACCAAGACUAUAAUCA